AUUCCAGGUACAGGGAAAACUCAGAAGCUUCCUCGGUUGUGCUGUUUUACUGAGGUUGUGUGGAGUCAACUAGUCAUGGAUAAAGAACUCCCCAAAGGGAGCCCCAGAGAGACCACACUGAACAUCAAGAAAUCAGACAAAUCCUUCAAACACAAGAAGCCCACCAAAAAUGUGCUGGUCUUUUUAAUCAACAGACAACUGGGCAGGCACAGAAGUGACAUCGACCUGUCAAGGUGGCUGUGGAUGCUGUCAUAAAGCAACUCCAAGGUGGACAUGGCCUUGGACAAAAGGUCAUGUGGCUUAUGUGCUGAGGCCUGCCCAGAAUUUUGAGAAAUUAAAUAUAAUUAUAACAAUAAACUCUCCUCCCAUGUUUGAGCCAUUAAA